CUGAGACUACGUUCUCAUAAUUAGAAUUAAUUAAACUUAUUAUUUUGGUAUCAAAAUUAUUAUAAUUAAUAAUUUGUUAUUUUGUUAUUAUCAUUUAUUAUUUACGAAUUUUUAUUGUAAUAUUUUCUCGUACAAUGAUUAUUCUCGACAAAUUAAGCUUUGUUUUGGACGGACUAUUUCUUGGUGGCGUAGUAAUCGGUUCAUAAGUAGUUCACUGUACCGUGGGAGUGACGGAGAGAAGGAGAGAAAGCACGUGUGAGUGAGAGAAAAAGAAGGUUAGCGCGCGCUACCAGGCAAUAGACGCCGGUUUUUACACAGAGAGCACAUGGCGACAGACCGAGAAAAGUUCUGAGUGUGAAAAGAGAUAAAGGUUUUCUUGAUGUGAUUGGAUUAGUUGCGUAUAAUGAUUACUUUAAAUCGAAGAGAACUGUUAAGUUUAUAUACGAGAAACGCUAUUUGUGUAAGACUGUAGAAGUUUAAUUGAAAAUAAGUUGAAUCGCCGGUGUUAAAGGCAAGUGUGAAAGAGUGGUGUGACGACAAUUUUCCAAAGUGAGAGACCAUUUUUGGGAACUGUACGACUGAUUUGAAACAUUGUAAAGGAGUCGUUAUUAUUGAUUGUCGCCGACAUUAUCAUUUAACCGAAUUAAUCGUUUCACCGAUAAUAAAGACUCAUAUACCAGCGUUCCGAGAAAAAGAGAUUAAGAGUAAGAAGAGACUAAUCAUUUAGAAGGAUGUCAUCAAGAGGACGAGGUUUUAGUAAAUUUUUGCACGAUCCCAGCGCAACAGCCAAUGUAGAUUCUAAUUCUAACAUUACCCAGAGCGAAGAUGAUCACGAUUUGAUCUCUUGGGAAGAUGCCCAAUCACCAGCUCCAAUAAGCGUGAGACACACCAAGGAUAUGGCAGCAGUAUCAUCAGCGGGCAGAGGUUCUGCAAGAAAGCGAGACAAUGAUGAAGCAUGGAGAACUGAGCGCAAGUUAGGAGAAAGUGAGCAGGAAUGGGAAAGCCGACUCGCUGUAGAAGAAUUGGAUCGCUAUUUUAGAGGAGAAUUGCCGUCGACUUCGCGCGAAAAGCAGAGAUUGAAGGACGAACAAAUAAAGGCUAUCCGUGCUAUCCGCACGAAUAUUAUGUUUCCGGAAAACUACGUUUCUCGAAACAAAACACCAUCGCCGGAACGAUCAAUCACCCCUCCAGGACCACCUACCAGCAGAAUCGCGGAGCCAGUAAUAGAGAUUGCCAGCCUUGAGCAAGGAAGGAACGUUCUUCCUGUGAUCACACGCGGAGUGUUGUUCGGAGGACUAAAAUUGAUUCCCACCGACCCGGAAUUGGACCCCCCACCUGGAUCCUGUAUAAGUUGUUGGCAAUUUGGACAUAGGCGUAAUGAUUGCCCAAAUCCACAGUAUGGCUACUGUAGGAACUGCGGAAGACGUGGCGUCACGAUGACCGAUUGCCCUCGUUGCUCUGAUCGACAUAAAAGGGACAUGAUGAUGAAAUACGGCCGAGAAAAAUAUCAGUACUUUCGAUCGGAGAGGAUUAAAAAGACUAAAGGAAUUAUGGCAAAUUCAGGAAAGAUAAGCGUAGAAGAGAAAUUACGUCUGGAGGCUGAACAAAAACAAAACAACCAAGCAUCAGCGAGUGGAGUAGCUUCGGAAUCUAAGGAGAAUCAGAAUACCGUCAAGUUAUGUUCAAUAGGGCGAGGUCGCGGACGUCGAGUUUCGGAAACGAUAGAAGCAAUGAGGCCUGGACCAUCUGUAGUCACCACACCAACAACCAGCGAGAGAAAGGAAAUUACUGUUGAAUCAACACUGAGUGUUGAUGAAAUUUGGGAGAUGAUACAGCAGGCACCAACUUACAAAUCAACGAAGCCCUUAGCAGUUGGUGAUGUCACGGUUCCUCCACCGAACUGGACGAUACCAGAACCAGCGAUAUCACCACCGAUUGUAUAUCAGAGCACACUACCUUUAGCAGUUUGUGAUGUCACGGUUCCUCCACCGAACUGGACGAUACUAGAACCAGCGAUAUCACCACCGAUCGUAUAUCAAAGCACUCCACCCUUAGCAUUACCGCCAGCACCACCGAUGAUGGACAACACGGACAGGUUCAUCGAGCAGACCAGAGCAAUGGCCCAAGCUUUGGCUGGAUUACCAGCAGAAGCUGUGACCUUGGCCAUGAAGGAAUUCUACGAGGAACGCCGGAAAUCAGACGGUGGACGAUUGCAGUAAACAGACUAUAAGUGAUGUGAGUGUAAGAAAAAAAAAAGGUGUAUUAAUUUUUUUAUUUUUAUUGUUUAAUUUUGUUUGAAAAGAAGUAUCUGAGUGAGUUCAAUUUUUGUUGUUGCGUUACUACUGAUAGUAACGUGUAAGGAACGGAGAAUUGUGACAAUGUGGAUUGCCACAAAAACAAGUUUAUUUUAUUUUAUUUGUCACUAUACUUUUCUCCCUAAUUACGCACCUGAGACUACGUUCUCAUAAUUAGAAUUAAUUAAACUUAUUAUUUUGGUAUCAAAAUUAUUAUAAUUAAUAAUUUGUUAUUUUGUUAUUAUCAUUUAUUAUUUACGAAUUUUUAUUGUAAUAUUUUCUCGUACAAUGAUUAUUCUCGACAAAUUAAGCUUUGUUUUGGACGGACUAUUUCUUGGUGGCGUAGUAAUCGGUUCAUAAGUAGUUCACUGUACCGUGGGAGUGACGGAGAGAAGGAGAGAAAGCACGUGUGAGUGAGAGAAAAAGAAGGUUAGCGCGCGCUACCAGGCAAUAGACGCCGGUUUUUACACAGAGAGCACAUGGCGACAGACCGAGAAAAGUUCUGAGUGUGAAAAGAGAUAAAGGUUUUCUUGAUGUGAUUGGAUUAGUUGCGUAUAAUGAUUACUUUAAAUCGAAGAGAACUGUUAAGUUUAUAUACGAGAAACGCUAUUUGUGUAAGACUGUAGAAGUUUAAUUGAAAAUAAGUUGAAUCGCCGGUGUUAAAGGCAAGUGUGAAAGAGUGGUGUGACGACAAUUUUCCAAAGUGAGAGACCAUUUUUGGGAACUGUACGACUGAUUUGAAACAUUGUAAAGGAGUCGUUAUUAUUGAUUGUCGCCGACAUUAUCAUUUAACCGAAUUAAUCGGUAAGUCGAAUGGUUAUUUUUCUAUUGAUUUAAUAAAUUGAAAACGUUAUUUUGAAUUACUAGUCUCAGUGAAAUUCAACCCACCGCCUCC